GGGAAGAUGGCGCGGACAGGAUUUCCGGUGGUGGUGACGAUAGAGUCGGGUAGAGUCACAGUGGUGAAGUGCCUCGAGGUGGUUCGGUCUAUGCCGAGCUACUGAACUACCGAGUGACUUGACGUCGAGUUAAAUCGAUGUGACAAAUUUAACUGAACAUUAACAUGACGGACAUAGACGUAGUGCUGGACGACCCUGUCCAGAAGGAGGAAGUGGCGGCGCACUUCCUGGCACCGGCGAUCCAGCACAAUCCGGACGGCUGGGGUCCCUGCGAACUGCCGGAUCAAUUUAAGGACAUUCCUUACCAGCCAUUUUCGAAAGGCGACAGAUUGGGCAAGAUCUCCGACUGGACUACGCCUGCUUUCCAGGACAAAAAGUUCCCAAACAAAUAUACAUCGCAGUUUGGUUCAGGCAGUCAAUAUGCCUAUUAUCACGAUGAAGAUGAAACCACCUUCCAUUUGGUGGAUACCACCCGUGUGCAGAAACCGCCGUAUCAACGUGGCCGCUUCCGUCACAAUCAACGUAAUUUGCGCGGUCGCGGUGGUCAGCGUGGUGCAUUGAGCCAGAUGCAGCAGCUAGGAAAGCUCAAAUUGCGAGAACGGGAGCGUAAGGGACAAGCAAAGCGUUGGGGUAGACAGCAAGGUUUACGCAAUCAUAAGAAUCAGCCACCUAUCAAGAUUCGAGAUGCUUCUGUAACAGUGCGACCUGACUGGAUAACUAUCGAAGAAAUGGACUUUCCCCGAUUGGCUAAGCUCUCGUUGCCUGGCGUGAAAGAUGGCGAAGAUAUAUCAUGCUGCGGCUCGCUUGAAUAUUAUGACAAAACGUACGAUCGCGUGAAUGUCAAGAGCGAGAAGCCGCUGCAGAGAAUUGAUCGUAUUUUCCACACGGUCACAACUACAGAUGAUCCAAUAGUUCGAAAAUUGUCGAAAACUGAAGGCAAUGUGUAUGCUACUGAUGCAAUCUUGGCUACUAUCAUGUGCUGUACACGUAGCAAUUAUUCGUGGGACAUUGUCAUUGAAAAGAUUGGCGACAAGCUGUUCUUUGAUAAACGAGAUAAUACCGAAUUUGAUCUUUUGACCGUAAACGAGACCAGCGUCGAACCGCCACAGGAUGAUGGCAAUUCGCUGAAUUCACCCAGAAACUUGGCCCUCGAGGCGACUUUCAUCAAUCACAAUUUCUCACAGCAGGUACUCAAGUCAAAUGAACCACGAUAUAAGUUUGAGGAAGGUAAUCCAUUUAUUGCCGAGGAAGAGGAGAGCGAUGUGGCUAGUGUGGCUUAUCGUUAUCGUAAGUGGGAUCUUAAUAAUGGCAUAGUCCUCGUCGCCCGAUGCGAGCACGAUGCUGUGAUGCAAGGUCCAAAUAAUGAAAAUCAAUUCCUGACGAUCAAAGCAUUGAACGAAUGGGAUUCGAAGUUAGCCAAUGGAGUCGAGUGGCGUCAGAAGCUAGACACGCAACGUGGUGCGGUUUUGGCUAACGAAUUGCGCAAUAACGCCUGCAAACUCGCCAAAUGGACGGUUCAGGCGUUACUAGCCGGUUCGGAUCAGCUGAAAUUUGGAUACGUAUCACGCGCUAUAGUGCGAGACUCGAGCAAACACGUGAUUCUUGGUACUCAGCAGUACAAACCAAAUGAAUUUGCGACGCAAAUUAAUUUGAACAUGGACAACGCGUGGGGCAUCUUAAGAUGUAUCAUCGACAUUUGCAUGAAACAGAAGGAUGGCAAAUAUUUGAUAAUGAAGGAUCCAAAUAAGCCUAUGAUUCGAUUAUACGAUAUUCCUGAUAAUACUUUUGAAAGCGAGGGCGAGGAAGAUGAGGAUGAUGAUGAACCUGUUAAUGAUGCGUUUCAAAGUUAACAGCCUCCAUAAUUACGCUUACGCCCAUCAUUGAUCGGUAAUAAUAGAUUGCUUUUGAGAAAAUUUUUGUGGAAACAAGAGUAUUAUAAAGAAAAUAAACGAGAAGAUUUCAAUACAAUA